GGGGGCUCUAGUGAACAGCGCCGCCGGGAAAGGAUCACCCGCGGGCCGGCGGGCAGGCAAGCGGAGGCGGCCCGGGCCCGGCGGUCUCCGAGAUGUCACGAUGGCUGUGGCCAUGGUCCAACUGUGUGAAAGAGCGGGUCUGCCGCUACUUGCUGCACCACUAUCUGGGGCACUUCUUCCAAGAACACCUCAGUCUCGACCAGCUCAGCCUCGAUCUGUACCGGGGCAGCGUUGCCCUGCGGGACAUCCACCUGGAGACCUGGUCGGUGAAUGAGGUGCUGGAGUCCAUGGAGUCGCCGCUGGAGCUGGUGGAAGGCUUCGUGGGCUCCAUCGAAGUAGCCGUGCCCUGGGCUGCCCUGCUCACCGACCACUGCACGGUGCGCGUGGCUGGCCUCCAGCUCACCCUGCAGCCCCGCCAGAGCCCAGGGCCAGUGGCUGCUGACUCCCAGAGCUGGGCCUCCUGCAUGACCUCCAGCCUGCAGCUGGCUCAGGAGUGUCUGCGGGAUGGGCUGCCAGAGCCCUCCGAGGCCCCGCAGCCCCUCGAGGGGCUGGAGAUGUUUGCCCAGACCAUUGAGACUGUGCUGCGGAGGAUCAAAGUGACCUUUUUGGAUACAGUGGUGAGAGUGGAGCACUCGCCGGGGGACAGGCCACGAGGGGUGGCUGUGGAGGUCCACGUGCAAAGACUAGAGUACUGCGAUGAGGCUGUGCGGGACCCAAGCCAGGCGCCACCAGUGGACGUGCACCAGCCGCCCGCCUUCCUGCACAAGCUGCUACAGCUGGCUGGCGUCCGCCUGCACUUGGAGGAGCUGCAGUCCCAGGAGGACCCGCCAGAGCCCCCCGUGCAGAUCGGCAGCUGCUCAGGGUACAUGGAACUGGUGGUGAAGCUAAAACAGAAUGAGGCCUUCCCAGGCCCCAAGUUGGAGGUGGCAGGACAGCUGGGCUGCCUGCACCUGCUCCUGACACCGCAGCAGCUCCAGCAGCUUCAGGAACUGCUCAGCGCCAUGAGCCUGACAGACGCCGAUGGCCUGGCCGACAAGCUGAACAAGAGCCGGCCGCUGGGUGCGGAAGACCUGUGGCUCAUUGAGCAGGAUCUGAACCAGCAGCUGCAGGCAGGCACUGUGGCCGAGCCCCUCAGCCCAGACCCCCUCAGCAACCCCCUCCUCAACCUAGAAAGCACUGACCUCUUCUUCUCCAUGGCCGGCCUCACGAGCAGCGUGGCCUCGGCCGUGUCUGAGCUCUCUCUCUCCGACGUGGACCUGAGCUCCUCUGUGCACAGCCAUGUGGCUUCCCGCCGGGCGUCUGUCCAGGCCUCCCGGGCCGGCAAGACAGCUGCCACUGCUGCCACCACGCCUCUCCCUGACACCAUGCGCCCCGACUCACUGCUGAAGAUGACUUUGGGGGGCCUGACCCUGACCCUGCUGCAGACCGCUGCCCCGUCUUCCGGACCACCUGACCUCGCUACCCACUUUUUUACUGAGUUCGAUGCUGCCAAGGAUGGGCCCGUUGGCUCCCGUGACUUCCACUACUUGCGGCCACGCUUCCAAAGGGCUUGUCCCUGCAGCCACGUCCGGCUGACAGGUGCUGCCGUGCAGCUGACCUGGGAGCUGCGGACAGGCAGCCGAGGCCGCCGGACAAACAGCACGGACAUGCACUUUGGGCAGCUGGAGGUGUUGGAAUGCCUGUGGCCCAGGGGCGCUUCAGAGCCCGAGUACACAGAGAUCCUGGGCUUUCCCAGCAAACUGGGCUCCCAGGCCUCAGCGCGGCCUUCUGCUCACCUACGCCACACACAGACCCUGCGCCGUGUGCCCAAGAGCCGGCCCCGGCGCUCUGUAACCUGCCAUUGCCACUCAGAGCUGGCCUUGGACCUGGACGAUUUCCAGUCGGACCUGGAACUUGGGGCCCUGGACCGGCUCACUGCCCUGCUGCGACUGGCCACCACACCCCCUGAGCCACCAGCUGCCGCCUCCAGCCUGCUGACGGAGCCCCCGCAGAUGGAACAGCAGACAGUGUUCCGGCUGUCAGCACCUCGGGCCACGCUGCGCCUCCACUUCCCCAUUGCUGACCUGCGGCCCGAGAGGGACCCCUGGUCGGGCCGGGCCGUGCGGCCUGAGCAGCUGCGCUUGGAGCUGGCUGAGCCCCAGUUCCGCUCAGAGCUUAGCAGUGGGCCCGGCCCUCCAGAGCCCACACGCCUGGAGCUCACCUGUUCCGACUUGCACGGUAUAUACGAAGAUGGAGAGAAACCACCUGUCCCCUGUCUGCGAGUCUCCAAAGUCCUGGACCCCAAGAGCACCGGGCGCAAGUACUUCCUGCCCCAGGUAGUGGUGACCUUGAACCCCCAGGCCAGCAGCACACAGUGGGAGGCAGCCACGGACAAGGGGGAGGACCUGGAGCUGUCCACUGAGAGCCCCUGCGAGCUCCGUGAACCAGAGCCUUCUCCCUUCUCCUCCAAGAGGACCAUGUACGAGACAGAGGAGAUGGUGAUCCCGGGGGACGCUGAGGAGAUGAGAACGUUCCAGAGUCGCACCCUCGCAAUGUCCCGCUGCACCCUGGAAGUGACCCUGCCCAGCGCCCACGUCUUCCUGCCCAGCAAGGAGGCCUAUGAGAGCAUCUACAACAGGAUCAACAAUGACCUGCUCAUGUGGGAGCCUGCGGCCUUGUUCCCCACCCCCUGCCCCGCUGCCCAGCCCCGUGGCUGCCCCAGCCCCUCUUCCAGCUCCUGGCAAGACACCUUCAAGAUGUGCAAGUCGGCCUUCAAGCUGGGCCCCACCUCCACCCACCCUGGUCUCACCCCAGACUCAGACUCGGACGAUGAGGAAGCCCCCUUCUUCUCUGUGGGGGCCUCCUCGGGAGCCCCCCAGCAGCCGCCAGCUGCUGAGCCCUCAGGCCCUGCUCGCUCCCAGAGUGCCCUGUCUACCCUCGUGACGGUGCUGAAGGGGCGUGUAACAGCCCUGUGUGAGGCCAAGGAUGAGAGCGGCGGGCGGCUGGAGGCGGCACAUGGGGAGCUGGUGCUGGACGUGGAGCAAGGCACCAUUUUCAACGUGUCGCAGUACCACGGCCAGUCCGGGCUUGGCUACUUCUGUCUGGAAGCCGAAAAGGCCACGCUGUACCACCGAGCGGUCGUUGAUGACUAUGUGCUGCCUGGUCACCUGGAGCUGCCCACCUCCCCUCCCCCGGCCCAGCUGGCCCCCACCAUCUACCCCUCGGAAGAAGGGGUGAUUGAGCAGGGUGCCUCAGGCCGUCAGGGCCAGGGCCCCCACAUGCUGUCCACGGCUGUGCGCAUCCAGCUAGAUCCCCAACGCAAUGUCAAGGAGUUUCUGGUGACUCUGCGACUUCACAGAGCCACCCUGCGCCACUACAUGGCUCUGCCUGAACAGAGCUGGCACUCACAGCUGCUGGAGUUCCUGGAUGUGCUGGACGACCCUGUGCUCGGCUAUCUGCCCCCGACGGUCAUCACCAUCCUGCACACGCACCUGUUCUCCUGCGCCGUGGACUACAGGCCUCUGUACCUCCCCGUGCGAGUCCUCGUCACCGCUGAAUCGUUCACCCUGUCCAGCAACAUCAUCAUGGACACCUCCACCUUUCUGCUCAGGUUUAUCCUUGACGACUCGGCCUUGUACCUGUCAGACAAGUGUGAUGUGGAGAGCCCGGAUCUGCGGCGAGAUUACGUCUGCGUCCUGGACGUGGACCUGCUGGAACUUGUGAUCAAAACCUGGAAGGGUAGCACCGAGGGGAAAUUGAGCCAGCCGCUAUUCGAGCUGCGCUGCUCCAACAACGUGCUGCAUGUGCACAGCUGCGCCGACUCGUGCGCCCUGCUGGUCAGUCUGCUGCAGUAUGUACUGAGCGCGGGCGACCUGCACCCCCCACCCCGGCCCCCCAGCCCCACGGAGAUCGCCGGUCAGAAGCUCUCCGAGAGCCCAGCCUCCCUGCCCCUGUGCCCCCCAGUGGAGACGGCCCUCAUCAACCAGCGGGACUUGGCCGACGCCCUCCUGGACACGGAGCGCAGCCUGCGGGAACUGGCCCAGCCUGCAGGUAGUGCCCUGUUCCAGGCCUCGCCCGUCUCCGUCUACUUGUUCCCAGGGGAGCGGAAUGGGACCCAGCCCCCUUCACCACCUGCCGGGACCUGUCCUGGCAGCUUUGGGUCCCAGCCUGAGGUAAAGGAAGAUGAAACAGAAGAGGAGGGGCAAGCGGACACAGUGGACAGCGAUGAGUUCUGCAUCCUGGAUGCUCCAGGCCUGGGCAUUGCGCCUCGAGAUGGGGAGCCCGUGGUGACACAGCUGCAUCCGGGCCCCAUUGUCGUCCAGGAUGGGCACUUCUCACGGCCGCUGGGCAGCACGGACCUGCUGCGAGCACCCGCCCACUUCCCCGUGCCCAGCAGCCGUGUGGUGCUGCGCGAGCUCUCCCUGGUCUGGCACCUCUAUGGAGGCCAGGACUUCGGCCCCCAUCCCGGCCACAGGGCAAGAGCUGGCUUGGCGGGCCACAGGAGCUCCCCAUCCCGCUGUUCUGGCCACAACCGGCCCCAGAACACGUGGCGCACGCAGGGCGGCAGUGGGCGGCAGCAUCACGUGCUCAUGGAGAUACAGCUCAGCAAGGUCAGCUUCCAGCAUGAGGUGUACCCUGAGGAGCCGGCUACAGCCCCCUCGGGGCCUGCGAUGCCUGGCCAGGAGCUGGAGGAGCGGCCGUUGUCACGCCAAGUCUUCAUCGUCCAGGAGCUUGAGGUGCGCGACCGGCUGGCCUCCUCCAAGAUCAACAAAUUCCUGUACCUUCACACCAGCGAGCGCAUGCCACGGCGCGCGCACUCCAACAUGCUGACCAUCAAAGCACUGCACGUCGCCCCCACCAGCAGUGUGGGUGGGCCCGAAUGCUGCCUGCGUGUCUCACUGAUGCCCUUGCGACUCAACGUGGACCAGGAUGCCCUCUUCUUCCUCAAAGACUUCUUUACCAGCCUAGCAGCUGGCAUCACCCCCAUGGUGCCUGGGGAGAGCUCUGCUGAUGCUCGCCCUGAUACCCGAGGCCAGCCCAGCAGCCCCCAGGAAGGACAACCCGCGGGCGUGGGCGUGGAGGUGGAUGGCACGCAGGAGGCCGCGGGCAGUGGCCACGGCUCACCUUCACCUGAGCAACAGCCCAUCUACUUUCGGGAGUUCCGCUUUAUAUCCGAGGUGCCCAUCUGGCUGGAUUACCACGGCAAGCACGUGACCGUGGACCAAGUGGGCACCUUUGCUGGCCUCCUCAUUGGCCUGGCCCAGCUCAACUGCUCCGAGUUGAAGCUAAAACGGCUCUGCUGCCGGCACGGGCUUCUGGGUGUGGACAAGGUGCUGGGUUAUGCCCUCAAUGAGUGGCUGCAGGACAUUCGCAAGAACCAGCUGCCCGGCCUGCUGGGGGGCGUGGGCCCCAUGCACUCGGUUGUUCAGCUCUUCCAAGGCUUCCGGGACCUGCUGUGGCUGCCCAUCGAGCAGUACCGGAAGGAUGGGCGUCUCAUGCGGGGGCUGCAGCGAGGGGCUGCCUCCUUCGGCUCGUCCACGGCCUCUGCCGCCCUGGAGCUUAGCAACCGGCUGGUGCAGGCCAUCCAGGCCACAGCGGAGACCGUGUAUGACAUCCUGUCGCCGGCGGCACCCAUCUCCCGCUCCCUGCAGGACAAGCGGUCAGCCCGCAGGCUGCGUAAGGACCAGCAGCCGGCUGACCUCCGGGAGGGCGUGGCCAAGGCCUACGACACGGUUCGAGAGGGCAUCCUGGACACAGCACAGACGAUCUGUGACGUGGCAUCACGGGGCCACGAGCAGAAGGGGCUGACAGGCGCUGUGGGGGGUGUGAUCCGCCAGCUGCCUCCAACGGUUGUGAAGCCACUCAUCGUGGCUACGGAAGCCACAUCCAGCCUGCUGGGGGGCAUGCGCAACCAGAUUCUACCAGAUGCCCACAAACACCACGCCCUCAAGUGGCGCUCAGAGACCCAAGACUGAGGCGGGGGGUGGCCAGAGCCUGGCGGGGGGUGCUGCUGCUCGCCCUCCCCCCUGCCUGCCCACUGUGCCCUCCCCUCCCCCACCCCGCCGUGGUGCUGCCAGCUCCAGGGCCUCCCUUGAGAGACCACUGGGUGAGGCCUGGACCCUCCGGGGAACAGCCACUGUGAAGGGUCAGGGCCCCGUGGGGUGGCGUCAACCUAUCUGUGCACUUUUCCCCUGGGCCCUGCCCCAGGACCGGACCCCCGGACCAGACCCCAUUCAGCCAAAUGUCUGUCUGCACCGUGGGAGGAGGAAGGGGGACAGACACCUUGUGUUCAGUGUAUUUUUACGCUCCUUGAGUGUGUGGGCCGGUGUCUGCAGGAAGUGGAAUAAACUGUGCCCACCACCA